AGAGCGGCGGUGGCGCGCUGUGGCGGAGGCGCGCUUCCCGGAACAGCCCGCGGAGGGCAGCGCGGCGAGAACCCACCCGCGGCCGUAGCUCCCGCGCGGACAUGGCCGCGGGGAUCGGGGCGCGGGCAGCGAUGGCCACGCGCGCCUGACAGGUGCGGAGCAUGUACGGCAAGGCGAGCAAGGGCUGCGCGCCCUCGGACGGCCAGGCGCGCGAGAAGCUUGCGCUGUAUGUAUAUGAGUAUCUACUGCAUGUGGGGGCACAGAAGUCAGCACAGACCUUCCUGUCUGAGAUCCGCUGGGAAAAGAACAUCACCUUGGGCGAGCCUCCUGGCUUCCUGCACUCCUGGUGGUGCGUCUUCUGGGACCUGUACUGCGCAGCGCCAGACCGCAGGGAGGCCUGUGAACACUCCAGUGAGGCCAAAGUCUUCCAGGACUAUAGUGCAGCAGCAGCAGCUCCCAGCCCUGUGAUGGGUACCUUGGCCCCUAACGAUGCAAUGGCAGCAGGUCCUGUGGCACCAGGCUUCUUUCAGCCCUUCAUAUCACCAAGGUUCCCAGGGGGUGCCCGCCCAAUCCUGAGGAUGCCGGGCCAGCCUCCUGUGGGCCUCCCUGGCUCCCAGCACCUCAUCCCUGGUGCCAUGGACCCCUCCCCACGUGCACAGGGGCACCCCAGCCUGGGAGGUCCGAUGCAGAGGGUGACCCCUCCGAGGGGAAUGGCCAGUGUUGGGCCCCAGGGCUUUGGAACUGGCAUGCGUCCCCCACCCAAUUCCCUUGCCACCAGCCAGAUCCUGCCAUCCAUGAACAUGGGUCCGGGAGUGCGUGGCCCGUGGGCCAGUCCCAGCGGUAACUCGAUCCCGUACUCUUCCUCAUCUCCUGGCAGCUACUCGGGACCGACAGGAGGAGGUGGCGCCCCCGGAACACCCAUCAUGCCCAGCCCUGGAGACUCCACCAACUCCAGCGAGAACAUGUACACCAUCAUGAAUCCCAUCGGGCCGGGCGCUGGCAGGGCUAACGUGAGUGGGGGCCGGUGCGCCUCACCCGAUGGGGACCUCGCGGGGGGCGGCCGGCCCGAGCCCCACGCUGCCCUGUGCCCGCAGUUCCCGCUCGGCCCCAGCCCGGAGGGCCCAAUGGCCUCAAUGAGCACGAUGGAGCCGCACCACGUGAACGGAUCCCUGGGCUCGGGCGAUAUGGACGGGCUGCCGAAGAACUCCCCCGGCGCCGUGGGCGGCCUGAACAACGCCCCGGGGACCCCGCGCGACGACGGCGAGAUGGCGGCUGCCGGGACCUUCCUGCACCCGUUCCCGAGCGAAAGCGUAAGCGCCUGCGUCGACUCCCCACCCGCGGCCGCGGCGGGCCGGAGGGGCCUGGCGGGCAGACCCCGGCGGGGCGGCCGCGGGGCCAGAGCAAGACCGUGACCGCGGCGGGCCAGGUGGGGGGGCGGCCGCGGCACCUUCCCCUCCUUCCCAUCCUCCCCGGGUUCCCCUUGUCCCCGGGAGGGCGGGCCCCAGCCUCGGCCGGAGCUGAGCCGCGCUCCGCGCGCCACCCUCUCUCCGCAGUACUCCCCCGGCAUGACUAUGAGCGUGUGAUAGCCCCGGGUCCUGCUGGUGAGGUCUCGGGUCGCGGCAGCACCCCUGCCAUCCGGACUCCUGGCUAGCCCGGCCGGCCGGCAGGACCCCCACGAAGGACUUUUCUAAACACACAUAUAUACACACACACAAACUCAAAGGACCUCAGAGAAGUGCAGGCCUUCAAACCUGUGAGCUAUCACAGGGCUGGGGGGUAAGGGCAGGGGUUCUGCCAAUAAAUGCCAUUCAGUUUUGUCUUUGGUA